CCCACAUUGCAUGUACAUACAUACAUACCAUUAACCUACUCAUCCUUAUUCAGUCAAGAGUUUCUGUGCUGGCUUAUUUGCCCUAAUCACGGAACGCGAUUAAUACCUCCUGGUUGAUCUAUAUCCAUCUUAUGUGCGAAAACCGGAGGAUUAAACGGCGAAUUCCGAUUACCGCAACUCCCAAUCAUAUUCACCACAUGGCCAUUAUAUACUCGUUCAGAGCACGCAUGCAAUCAACCAACUAGAAGGAUCCUCUUUUGUUUACAAAAACAUUAUUUCAAUCAUGCAUUACCACCAUUUCAUCAAAUCUCGAUUCCAUCCUACGACCUUGCGAACUCUAGUGCAACCCUGCAAGGCCCAAAUGUCAACAAAAACAACCACCGUCACGCCAGGCUCCUCUGCGCAUGACUGGUCCGCAACGCAGUAUCUCAAAUUCGCAGCCCAGCGCAACCGCCCAGUCAGGGAUCUGAUCGCUCAAAUCCCACUGUCAUCGCCCAGAAAGAUCGUCGAUCUUGGCUGUGGUCCUGGGAACUCCACCCAGGCGCUGAUAGAGCGGUUUCCCUCAGCUCAGAUCCACGGGUUGGAUAAUUCCCCAGACAUGCUAUCUAAGGCACGGGCCAAUGUGCCUCAUAUCGACUUUUCGUCGGCAGACUUGAAUACCUGGACGCCUGGUCCGGAUGAUGAGCUUCUCUUCUCCAAUGCGGUCUUUCACUGGCUUCCUGACAGCGUCGGCCAUAUGGCGCGAAUGCUGAAUGCGGCGCGUCCUGGCGCGGUGCUAGCAGUGCAAGUGCCUGAUAAUUAUCUCGAGCCGUCGCAUGUCGCGAUGCGCGAGACAGCCGCAGCCGGUCCAUGGAAGGAGAUUCUGGAGCCCUUGAAGCCAGCUUUGGAUCCGAUGCCGAGUCCAAGAGAGAUAUAUAACAGACUACAUGCGAUUUGUACCCCUGGUGGCUUGGAUGUGUGGCAUACGUUCUAUUCUCAUGUUCUGGAUGGUCCGGAGCAGAUCGUUGAGUGGGUAAAGGGCAGUGGAUUGAGGCCGUUUAUUGAUCCGUUAGAGAAGGGGCUGAGAGAGGAGUUCCUCCAGAAAUACACGGAGAGGAUUGCAGAGGUCUAUCCGAGACUAGAGGAUGGCAAGGUGUUGUUGAGAUAUCCUAGGUUGUUUAUUAUUGCUCAGCGCAAGUGAUGUCUCUCCUUUGUUUGUGAUAUUCCUAGACUUCAAAUUCAAUUUCGGUUAUGAAGAGCUGUCAUAUUCUAUAUGGUUUAUAGUUUUCUAUCUAUCGCCGUGUAUAGCAGCAAACGAUC